UUUAAAAAUCAAAAUGUUGUCCUAUGAAAAAGAGACGAGAAAUUUAGGAAAAAUAAGACUUGUUGGAGGAGAAUCGUUGAUUUCUUUACCCGUAAAGUUCAGUAAAGACUCUAGAUAUUUUUUCUGCUGUGGAGGAAGCAAUGUUUAUGUUUUCAGUUCAGAGACUGGUAGUUUAGUAAGAGAACUCAAAGAACACUCUGGUGAAGUGACAGGAUUUUGUGUAAAUUCCAAAAAUGAAUUCCAGCUUAUUUCCUGUGGUAUUGAUGGAGAGAUUAUUAUCUGGGAUUACACAGAUGGGGCAAUACUCAAGAAAUUCAAUGUUGGCAUCCAGUUGUUUGGUGUUAUCACACAUAGUCACCACGAAGAUUCUAUCUUUCUUGUUAGAAAUUCAGUUAAAGGUAAAAAAAUCAAACAGAAACUGGCAGUGUUAGAUUUAAAAGAUGCUGAAUCGAGUAAAGAAACAGACUUAGAAAAUCUGUUUUCUUUUUCUGGCUCACCUUGGAAUUGUGUAUUCAGUAAAAAGGGAAAAUUAAUUGCAUAUGUUAACCAAAAUGAGCUUGGAAUUUGGAACACAAAAACAAAAGAAUCAAAAAGCUUUACUUAUAAAGAGUCCAUCUUUACUUGCAUUGCUUUUCACCCAAAUGAGCUUUGCAUAGCAACAGGUGACAACGAAGGAAAGAUAGUCAUAUGGCAAGGAGUGUUUACAAAGAGUCCAGUAACCAUGGAGUUUCACUGGCAUGCACAUGCUGUAACGUCAUUGGCUUUUUCAUAUGAUGGAUCUCAAGUAAUAUCUGGUGGUCAGGAGUCUGUGUUGGUAGUUUGGCAGUAUUCAACAAAUACCAAACAAUUUCUUCCCAGGAUGGGGGCGCCUAUUUCUCAUAUAAGCUGCAGCAAAGAUGAUAAAUCAAUAGCUGUUUGUCUUCAAGAUAAUGUGAUUAAGUUAAUAUCAGCACUAGACCUCAGUUUAAAAAGUAUCGUUCAAGGACUGAGAAAAGCAAGUUUUAUGUGCAAAAAGCUGGUCUUUGAUCCUCGAAGUGGAAGUCUAGUGUUGAACUCUUCGCCUGGUGUUUUACAGUUCUAUGACCCAAUUGCAAACAAGGGAAUGUUUGUGGUUGAUAUAGUAAAGCAGAAUGUUAUAUCUAACACAGAAACAGAAAAGCUCUAUUUUACUCAAGUACAYUUUGUUUCUUUUACCGAUGAUGGAAAAUGGAUGGCCACUAUUGAACACAGAAAUGAUCAUUAUGUAUCUGAUGAAACAAGACUCAAGUUUUGGGAAUUCAAUUCCACCACACAAUGUUAUGCAGUCAACACUGUGAUUGAUAUGCCACAUGAUCGUCCAACAAUAGCUUUAGCYUUCCAGCCACUGAACAAAAAYCAACCACUCGCUGUAACAGCAGGCAGAGAUGGAAAAUUUAAGAUUUGGGUUUUAAGACAAAACCAAAUAGUAGCAGGAACCAAGACAUCKUGGGUGUGUCAGUCAGUUGGGUAUUACAAUGAUACACCAUGUCUUGACACUGUAUUCUCAGAAGAUGGAGAACUUCUAGCCAUUGCUUACUCGAAUUUGAUAACAUUAUGGACACCCAAUGCAAACAUGCUACAAAAAACCCUACACCUUCCUUUUCCUGAUGAUGUUGUAAGAUUUGUAACUUUUGGAUGUCAAGAAUCUUCUCACUACCUGAUGGUAUCAACAAGUGACUUCCUAAUUGUAUGGGAUCUCCUGACAUGUUGUAUAUUAUGGACUAUUGAAGCUAACGUGUCUUAUCUGCUUGCCGAUCCUAACUCCAAAUACAUCGCUGCUUUUAUAGUUUUUGAAAAAAAGACUCACCUGUAUAUAUUUGACCCAUCAACACCGAAUCCAGUUGUUGUACAGACAUAUAUCUCCAAAAAGGCUCCAAUAUUUUCAGCAGCCUUUGAUCCCAAAGUUAYCAUAUCAGUUCCACACAACAACAAAACGUUUAAGAUGUCAAAAUUAUACUUCUUCACCAAAGCUCAGGAACUUUUCACCAUUUCAAAUGAAGACGAACAACAAACAAAAACUCCUGAAAUAAACUUGAAGAAUACUUCCAAUGAAGCUUCUCAAGACUUUCUUUGUGUCUUUGGACAACCAACAAAGACUGUUGCAUCACUUCCACAUACAGGGAAAACUCUUCAUGGACAACCUUCUUCUGCUGUCGUACGUGAGAUGUUUACUAUUCCAUCUCAUGUCCUGCCACCAGUGUCUGCUUUGUGUACUACGUUUCUCAAGUCUCUACUUGUUUCUAAAGAAACUCGCAGCCCACAAGAGGAUGUAGCAAAUAGCAUUGACGAUACGGGCGUAGUUGAUGGAAGUGAUAGUGAUAGCGAUAUUCUGGAACCUAAAUCACCCAAUCAUGAUGUUCAACAAGAAGGUGAAAUACAAGAUGAUAUGGUUGAAGUGGAAGAGACUUCCCUAAAAACAGUGAACUAUAGCUGGUUGAAAGACUCUUUACCAACUUGAUAUUAAAUAAUCUUCCUUUUAGAAUUGUAUGAGCUUGUAAUAAAGUCGGAAUUUUUAUUUCAGAAAAA